AUGACCGAGAUAGAUUCUUGGGAUGCUACAUUCGUUGAAAAUGAUUUUCCUAAGGAAGGAAAUAUAAAUAAAGAUGUCCAAUUAUAUGAGUUGGAUGACCCAGAAUAUACAAAGACAAAUGAUCAAGAAAUAGUGAUAAAAGAUGUAUGCGUCAUCCGUCGUCGUCUCACCAGCGUUGGGCAUCUCCUCAGCAAAACAUCCAGCAGAAGAAGGGGAAAGAGGAAGAAGGGAAGAAAGGGGAAAGCGUCUCACCAGCGUUGGGCAUCUCCUCACACACAGCACCUCACGGGCGCCAACGACGACUCCCAGGAGAGGCUGCCCGUCACCGUCCCGGCGAGGCUCGCCAAUAGGGUCAACAAUGCGGCGGCGGCACCCGGUGAUGUCGGCCCUGGACGGCCGGCCUUCAAGUUCCACGAGAGGCGGCAGGGCUUAAGGAAGCUCGAUAUCAAGCUCGGCAUCGCGGCGCUCCGGCCGCCCCACCCUUCCCCUCUAUCUCAGCAGCUCCUUCUCUCCCCCACCACCGCCUUCUCCAACCUCUCCCUCUCCGGCAGCAAGUCGUCGUCGCUGCCAGGGCCCAACGCAGCGGUAUCGGAAGAGGAGAAGGCCAUCGCGGAGAAAGGGUUCUACCUCCAUCCCUCCCCACUCGUCCCCAGACAAUCUUCUUCCUCCUCUUCUUUUCUUGCCUCGAUUGAUACUUUAGCAUGCCUAAGGCCAUGA